AUGGGAAUAAAAGUUCAGCGUCCUCGAUGCUUUUUUGAUAUUGCCAUUAACAAUCAACCUGCUGGAAGAGUUGUCUUUGAAUUAUUUUCUGAUGUGUGCCCUAAAACAUGCGAGAACUUUCGUUGUCUUUGUACAGGAAAUGGACGAGGAGGGGAAUCUAUUUAUGGAGGAUUUUUUGAAGAUGAGAGUUUUGCUGUUAAACACAAUAAAGAAUUCCUGUUGUCAAUGGCCAACAGAGGGAAGGAUACAAAUGGUUCACAGUUCUUCAUAACAACAAAACCAACUCCUCAUUUAGAUGGGCAUCAUGUUGUUUUUGGGCAAGUGAUCUCUGGCCAGGAAGUUGUGAGAGAGAUAGAAAACCAGAAAACGGAUGCAGCUAGCAAACCAUUUGCUGAAGUACGGAUACUUAGUUGUGGAGAGCUAAUUCCCAAGUCUAAAGCUAAGAAAGAAGAAAAGAAAAGGCAUAAAUCAUCAUCAUCAUCUUCAUCUUCAUCAUCCAGUGACUCAGAUAGCUCAAGUGAUUCUCAGUCAUCUUCUGAUUCUUCUGAUUCUGAAAGUGCUUCUGAAGAGAAAUCAAAAAAAAGAAAAAAGAAACAUAGGAAAAAUUCCCGAAAACACAAAAAAGAAAAGAAGAAGCGAAAGAAAAGCAAGAAAAGUGCGUCUAGUGAAAGUGAGGCUGAAAAUCUUGAAGCACAACCCCAGUCUACGGUGCGUCCUGAAGAGAUCCCUCCUGUACCUGAAAAUAGGUUCCUAAUGAGGAAAAGUCCUCCUAAAGCUGAUGAAAAAGAGAGGAAAACCAGGGAGAGAGAAAGAGAAUGUAAUCCACCUAACUCCCAGCCUGCUUCAUAUCAAAGGCGACUUUUAGUUACUAGGUCUGGCAGGAAAAUUAAAGGAAGAGGACCAAGGCGUUAUCGAACUCCUUCCAGAUCCAGAUCAAGGGAUCGUUUUAGACGUAGUGAAACUCCUCCACAUUGGAGGCAAGAGAUGCAGAGAGCUCAAAGAAUGAGAGUAUCAAGUGGUGAAAGAUGGAUCAAAGGGGAUAAGAGUGAGUUAAAUGAAAUAAAAGAAAAUCAAAGAAGCCCAGUUAGAGUAAAAGAGAGAAAAAUAACUGAUCAAAGACACGUGUCUGAGAGUCCAAACAGAAAAAGCGAAAAAGAAAAGAAAGUUAAAGAUCAUAAAUCUAGUAGCAAAGACAGAGACAUCAGAAGAAAUUCAGAAAAAGAUGAUAAAUAUAAUAAAAACAAAGUGAAGAAAAGGGCCAAGUCUCAAAGCAGGAGUAAGAGCAAAGAGAAAUCAAAGAGUAAAGAAAGAGAUUCAAAGCAUAAUAGACAUGAAGAGAAAAGGGUGAGGUCAGGGAGUAAAGACAGGGGUCGUGAGAACGUUAGAGAAAAAGAAAAGCCAUCUGAUUCUAAAGGAGAAGAUCAGGAAAGGAGCAGAAGUAAAGAGAAAUCUAAACAGAUAGAAUCAAAAGGCAGUGAGCAUGCCCAUAAUAAAAGUAAGGAAAAGGAUAGGCGCGCACAGUCUAGGAGCAGAGAGCGUGAUGUAACUAAAGGCAAACACAGUUACAAUAGCAGAACAAGGGAACGAAGCAGAAGUCGGGAAAGGAGCAGAAGAGUGAGGUCUAGAAGUCAAGACAGAGAUCGCAGCCGAAGCAAGGAGUACCACAGGUACAGAGAACGGGAGUACAGGAGAAGAGGACGGUCUCGAAGCAGAGAGCGAAGGGCAACGCCAGGAAGAUCAAGCAGUAAAGACAGGAGGAGGAGGAGGAGAGAGUCACGGAGCUCCGAGAGAGAAGAAAGUCAAAGCAGAAACAAAGAAAAAUACAGAAACCAAGAAAGUAAGAGUUCACACAGAAAAGAAAAUUCCGAGAAUGAGAAAAGAAUGUACUCUAAAAAUCGUGAUCAUAAUAGCUCAACUAAUAACAGAGAAAAAAAGGCUGAUAGAGAUCAGAGUCCAUUCUCAAAAAUAAAACAAAGCAGUAAGGACAAUGAAUUAAAGGCCUCCACCUUGAGAAACAAGGAAGAUGAGAAGACCAGAUCCUCAUUGGAAAAAGAAAUCAACCAAAAAUCAAAGAGUCAAGAAAAUGACCAUAUACAUGACAAAAAUAAAAAAUUUGAUCACGAAUCAAGCCCUGGAACAGAUGAAGACAAAAGUGGAUGA